AUGAGUUCCAUAAUUAAUCAGGAUAAUGUUGAUCCCAAUCAUAUAAUGUCUAUUAUUGAUGGAUAUCGUUGUUCACAAACAUUAUUUACUGCAGUUAGUUUAAAACUAUUUGAUCAUUUAACAAAAGAAGAACUUCUAUUAGAAGAACUGGCGAACAAAUUAAAUCUACCUCACUUAUCAGCAUUGGAACGAUUUUUAAAUGCUUGCAUUGCUCUUAAAUUAAUUCAACUAGAUAAAACAAAUAAGAAAUAUUCGAAUACACAGUCAAGCAAUAAAUAUCUCGUUUCGAAAAGUCCCGAUACUCUCAAUGGAUAUAUUGAUCACAAUAGCCAAUCGUCUUAUUUACUUUGGACUAAACUUCCUAAUGCAAUACAUGAAAAUGCUCCACAAUGGCAGAAAACGUUUAACACAAUUCACGGAGAGGAAUUUACAUUUGAUUCAUUUUAUCGCGAUGAAAAUGCUGAAACACUAUUCAUGUCUGGCAUGCACGGUUUAGGUUUAACUUGCUUUCCAGCUGUUGUUGCGUCUGUUGAUAAUUUUCAACAAUUUAAAUCAUUUUGUGACAUCGGCGGAGCUACUGGAUGUUUGGCUAUAACUGCAUGUAAAGCAAAUCCAAAUUUACAGGCAACUAUUUUUGAUCUUCCUCGCAUUGAAAAACAUGCUGUUCAAUAUAUUAAUGAAACUCCGGCAGAUAUUCGUAAUCGUAUUCUCUUUCAAAGUGGUGAUUUUUUUAGGGAUCCUCUACCACGAGCGGAUCUAUUUACUCUCGGACGUAUUUUACAUGAUUGGAACGAUGAAAAGUGUCAGAUACUAUUAGAGAAAAUCUAUCGAACACUACCUGAAAUGGAUGGUGCAAUUUUAAUUGCAGAAAAAUUAUUAGUCGACGAUAAAUCAGGACCAGUAACAGCCAAUAUGCAAGAUUUGAAUAUGCUUGUUGCUACCGCUGGAAGAGAACGAACAUGUUCUGAAUAUAAAGAUUUACUUGAAAAAGUUGGUUUCAAGAAUAUUAAAUGUUUCCGGACUGGAACAUAUCUUGAUGCAAUUAUUGGAUACAAAACAAAUUAA